AUGCCCCGACCGCGCGGACGUCCCAAGAAAUCAACCACCCCCCAGCUCAAACCAAAACCGAAGCCGAAACAGAAAUCCAAGACCAAGUCCAAAAAGCGAAGAGUGACUCAGGAAGAAGGCUGGUGGACCAUCCGCGAAGUUCUUGAUGAGAGGGUUGGCAAAGCAGGACAAGUCGAAUACUUGGUUCAGUGGGAGGACGAAAUUCAUACAGGGGAAAGCUUCCCUCCAAGUUGGAUUGAAGAAGUGACCGACGACGCUCUUCAGGAGUGGGAGGACAAGAAGAAGGCUCGUCAGGGGACCCAGGAGCCCAUAGCCUCGGUGGAAACCACAGAAACCACGGAAUCAGAGCGCGCAAAUGCUUCACCCCUGACCCGACGUCGGUCUGACUCUUUUGACCCCAACCCGCGACCAACGAAGAAGGUCAGGGCUGAGCAAGCAAUCGCAGGGUCUGAAGAACCUGUCCCGUCUAUUGUUUCAGCUUCAUCUGUUGAUCUGGAUGCGGAAAGCACAUAUUCUCUAACCGAGGACGAUCUUGCUCGACUCCAAGCUCAAAGACUUGCCAUUGUUUUCACUAAGCCCGACAACUUUGACGCCUCCGAGUACCAGAGUGUGAGCAACAGCCAGACCAGUUCCCAUAAGGUAUCUGAACUUGAGGAGAACGACCAGCGAGCUGCAUUUGCGUCGCAAUUAAGCCAAGGUACCGUCCCCGAUUCGCAAGAUCUUUCCGGUCACCUGUGGGCUCGCGCAGAGCCUAAAUCUCCCUCUGUUGCUGAAGAGGUUGACCAGUCAAGGGCUCCCGCGUCUCCUGAACUCGGAUCUCUCCCGCCCGAACAGCACCAAGCUCCCACAUCCCCUGAACCUCGCGAGCGUUUGGAACUCGAAGACUCGUUUGUACCCAGCCAGGAGGAAAGUUCCAGUCAUCCCAGCACCUUGCAGGAGAGUCAAUCCACACAAGACGACCGCCUGUCCAACAACAACGAGGCCAUUGAGGAGGACCAGCAGGACGAAGACAGCCCUCUGCUUGAAGAGGACAACCAAGACGACCAAGACUAUCAGGACGACGAGGCUUGCCAGGACGACGAGGAUACCGAUAACUCCCCUAUCGUGCUGGACCUCGAAAACAUCUCUGACGAUUCGACAAUCUCCGAUAUCGAAGAAACCGCGAGCAUUCCUGGCGAUUCCGCGCUCACAUACGUUGAUAGUGCUCCCGACAACCAGGACUCUUCUUACAUCGAGAGUACUUUGGAUGAUCGAGACCCCCAGGUAGAUCACGAUACUGCAGUCGACAGCCAAGAUCUCGGAGACGAGCAGAUCGCCCCUGAGCGUGAACUCGCCCAGGAUCAGGAUAGUUCUGAAGACAAUCAAAUUGUUCAAGACGAUCCAGAGCCUGCAGACGACGACGACACUCAGGACAUUGUGGACCAAGGAAACCCAAAGACCGACGUCGGUAGGUCAAAGGACACCCAGUCUCCUGUAGACAGCUCAUGCGCUUAUACCAGUCGAGCUUCCCAGGAGAAGCAGAGCCUUGAAGAGAGCCAAGACGUACAGGAGCAACAGUCGAACCGAGAUCGCAGCCCUAGGGUUAUUGACGACUCUUUGGACAGACAAGAUUCACUGGUUGACCACGCUGAAUCCCAGGGUGCGUCACAAGUUUCUUGUCCUGAAGAAGACACGGAUACUGGGAACGAUUACGUGCCUGAGCCCGAAUCAACUGCAGUCCCCGAAAGUUCUGACGACAGUCAUUUCUCCAAGCCAAGCAACGAAGCCGGUGCAAUUCCGCCUCUGGGAUCGCUAUUGUCAUCCCAAGCAUCCGGGCCAGGACAACAACCCACGCCGAGUUCCCGAGUCUCGAUUAACUCUCUGGUUAUUCCGGACUCCCAGGACCAGUCGUUAACCACCCAGGACCAGCAGCUUGUGGCUGCACAGAGUCAAGGUUCAUUGUCAUUGUCACAGCCUCAAGUCACUCCGGCACCAUCGCAGAUCGAGGUUGUCCCAGACUCCGUGACAACCAGCUCGGGAAUUCCAUCCCAUCAACCCGAUCAGUCACAAUCAGGUUCAGUAGACAGCCAGGCUUUAACAGAAAGUGAUCGGACAAAUCUGGGCGCCCAUCCCUUGACUGAAGCCGCGAACCUUGAACAGCCAUUGGCCUCGAACGUGACAUUCAACUCGCAGGUCUUCUUGACCCAACCACGGCCGCUGCGCCAUUCCUCUGAGUUUCCAAGCUCAUACUCUCCCCAAGUCUCCCGACCUUCUGAGCCCGAACGGCCUGCUUCUAGUCUAGGGUUUCGGGCACGGUCUCCCGACAAACCUCAAACUCCCCAAGCAUCGCAGGUGGCUCAAGAAGAACCGGAAAGAGCACAGCCUUCAGAAGACGAAGAGCUCACGACCUGUCCUAUUCAAGCUAUAAUCCGACGCUCGCUGUCUGGUGGGCCUUCACUGCCAUCGCAACCAGAACCCGACACAAUGGAUCCGUCCUCACCCGGCCGACGACAGAGUUCGGCAGUCGAUGAGUUGAAACGCUACAUAGACUUUGGCAAGGAUUCAUUUCUGACACAGGCCGAAGAGUCAGCAGAGCCUCCCACAUCUUCAGAAGCGCCGAACCAUGAAGACCCCAUGGCUACUACGGCGGUCCCGGAAGUCAUGGUGAGCUCCUCCGAGUUACCGAUACAAUCUCAGCCGGCCUACUCGGUGGAACCAUGGAAAGCAGAAGUUCUGGGCAAUACACCAGAAGAACCAGCUCCGUCCAUCUCGCCGGCGUCUAUCAUGGCCAACCCCAACCAGUCUGCGGUCGAACGAAUGCAAGAAAUAGUAAACAUGUCAUUUGGCGAUUCGGCAGGCUCUCUUUCACAGUCCUUGAUUGCCCAGGAACCCGAGAUGAUGCCUCCAGGAACCAUCUCUCCGGCUGCUAUCAUCAGGUCGGUCGAUGCGGUUGAGUCGACACAUACGUUAGACUUCUCGAACCAAGGUACACUAUCUUCAAGGAUCGAUGAAAGUUCAGGGCAGGAGAUCACCAUGGGACAGGCUCCCGACGAGCAAGAAUCCGAUGUCUCAUCACAGUCUUCUCAUCGGUAUGAAAAUGCCUCGCCUCAUAUCGUUACUCUCCCAAUGCAUGCAAGUCGGCGACCAUACUAUGAGGCGAUCAUCGUGGAUCACAAGAAUGAUAUCCACGAGUUCGGCUCGAUGUUUACCGAAGGCAUGGAUGAAGAACCUAGCGAGGCUCUCAAGGACAAGAUCGACAAACUUUUCAAUCGCCUAUUGAACAUUUGCGACUAUCCUCAGGACAUCGUCGGAACCCCCCUGGAACGACUCCCUUCCCCCGACCUAGCCAAAUACUGCUGUGAUGCCAAUCCCAAGUUCAACUUUCUGUUUGAACUGUUGUCCGCCCUUGGAGAAAAGGAGACGGGAAUCCUGAUCAUUGCACGCAGUGCUGAACUCCUGCGGCUUAUCUUUGCCGUCACCGAAGCUGUGGGCAUCGAGUGUUCAGCAGAGAGCAUUGGAAAGCAAAGCGACUAUCCAUCAGUGACGAGAAUCACUCUGGCGCUAACUACUGAGGAGUUCGAUCCAUACAAAUUCGAUGUUGUCAUCGGAUACGAUUAUGGCUUCAGCAGUUCAUCCAUGGCCAAGCAGUUGUCAAAAGAAAACGUCCGAAAGCCACCGCUGGUGCUGUUGCUCACGACGACACACACGAUCGAGCACAUCGCACUGCGCAAAUCGCAAGACAUGUCGACACUAGAGAGCAAGAAUUCAUUGCUGGCGAGUAUCAUCCUUGCAAGGCGCUAUCUGGAAGAUCCGGAACGUGGCUACGGUGACCCGCAUCAAGUCGCAGAGAUCUUUUCAAAUUAUCUAAAUGGCAUUACUGAUGCGGUGAACUGGGAGCCUCAAGGCAUACCAGACGACGUACUUGAUGUUUUUGCGACAAACUCUCAAUCGCAAUCCUUGUCCGAGGACAGGUUGACAUCUGGAAACAACCUCAAGCGAAAGCAUGAUGACGAUGAUGAGGACGAGUAUUCCAAGCGAUCACGCGUGCUCCCUCUCACAGAGUUGCCAGUUGACACUCGAGAUCCUCCGCUAACCCUCGCAAUGCGGCAAUUCCUCGAAAGCAUCACGCCUCGGGGGCAAGGAAGAAAGGAGAACGACUCCACGAUCGAGAUACCCAUCUCGCAGUUGGAGUCGAUCAGAGAAAAGCACGACGAAUACAAGCGUCAAAUUGCUUUGGGGCGAGGGAUCGAAGUCGACUACAAGUCCGUCAUCAACCGGCUUGACAAAGAACUCAAGGAUUACAAACGGACUGUCAACAAAAUCGAAAGAUCAAAUCGCACUGCCCUCCAAGAUCGAACAAUGUUUGAGAAGGAGAAGCAAAAGGCUGAGAGUAAUGCAAAGGCAGCAGCAGAGACAGCGGAGAGAGAGAGAAAGAAGCUACAGAAGCACAUCGAGGAACUCGAAUCCAAGAUCGCGCACUUGACAGCAAGCCCUGAAGCGUCGAAACUGGAAGACAUGCUCAGAGAGGAGCAGGGUCAAGUGGAGCUUCUGACGAAGAGGCUGAGCAACGCUCAAACAACAAACGAGUUUUAUCAACACCGCUACCAAGAGGUCGAUGGCCAAGCCACAGAACUGGCGACUGAGAACAAGGAGCUCAAGAGUCGGCACGAAGACUUGCGGACAAAGGCAUCCGAUAACUUUAGAAAGAUCCAAGAAAUCAACGCCAGCCAGCAAUGGGAAGCAAUGAAGGACCAAAUCAAACAACUCACAGCUCAGGUCAAUGAGAGAGAGCACCUGUUGAACUUGGCCCACGAAGAGCUACGAACAUUGCGGAAUGGGCGUCCGCAGACUCGGGGGACUAGCGUGCCACGGAGCCCUCGCGUGCCCAUGAUGAGCCCACGGCCAGGUCGAGGUGGAUUCACCGGUUCUGCUAGCAGAGGAACAAGCCCGACUACAGCGCCGAGUCAUGAAGGCUUCAUGGGACCCGGAGCCCAGUUUAUGGGCCAGCAAUCUAGGAACGGAAGAUGGGGUAAUCAUCUCCAAGACUAG